UUCCCUGGAAGCCUGGAGCAGGCAGAGACCCUGCAGAGGAGGGACCUCCAAUAUCUGCAGGACCCACAGCAUCCAGGAGAAGGGGGACACCCAGAACCCCAUAGUGGAGACACCAGAGAUGGGGGAACCCCAGAGAGGGAUUUUUUUCCUCUGAGUCCUGAUGUUUUGGAGAUUUUCAUGGACACAAGAUACCUGGUGACUUCUAGAGAUGGACUUGGGCAGGAGGAACCCCCAACCCUAGGCACUCACGCCUUGUUUUUCCCUGCAGAACAAGACUUGUCAUUCCCAAGCCUUGGAUGAAUGGAGGAGGAAGAGGCAGUGAGGAAGAUGCUCUGGGAGCCCCAGGCAGGAACUGAGCUGUGGACAGAGACCAGGGAGGAUAAAUCCCCACAGCAGAACCUCGUGGAAGAGGCCGUUUUGAGUGGCUCCAAGGGGCAAGAAUCCAAUGGGGAGGAAAAGCCAAAGGAAUCCCCCUCAGGGAGGGGCUCCAAACCCAGCCCAGGGUGCUCUGAGGAGAAAAGAACCCCCCUCUGCAUCAUCCAGAGACCCAACCUGGUGGUCCAUGAGCAGCUUCACACUGGGGAGAAGCCCUACAGGUGCUGGGAAUGUGGGAAGAGCUUCAGCCACACCUCCCACCUCUUCAUCCACCUGCAAGAACACACGGGGGAACAGCCCUACGAGUGUGGGAAAUAUGGGAAGAGUUUCAGCCUGAGCUGCACCCUGAUCCAGCACCAGGAGAUCCCCACAGGGGAACGGCCCUGCAAGUGCUUCAUGUGUGGGAAGAGCUUCCGCCACAGGUCCAGCCUGAUCUGCCAGCAGAGAGCCCAGAGUGAGGAACGGCCCUGUGAGUGUCCCGAGGGUGGGAAGGGGUUUUGGACCAGCUCAAAUCUCCUCAUGCAUCAGAAAACACACACGGAGGAGAGGCCUUCAGCUGCGCCGACUGCGGGAAGGGCUUCAAGUGUAACUUCACCCUCACCAUCCACCGGCGCACCCACACGGGGGAGAGGCCCUACGAGUGUCCUGAGUGUGGGAAGAGAUUCCCUCAGAGCUCUGCCUUGACUUCACACAAAUGGACCCACCUGUGAGAGAAGUCCUGCAAAUGUCCUGAGUGCAGGAAGAGCUUUGUGUGUGUCUCCAGCUCCAUCCCCAAUGGGAGGAUCUGCAUUGGGUGAUCCCCAGUGACUCCGGUCGGUCAGAGACCUGGUGACCCCUGUUCUGGGUGAUCUGUGUUGAGAAGACACCUGGCUGGUGAUCUCCAUGUCCUCCUGGUCCCCACAGGCACCUGGAUGAAGGCAGGAGUAGGAGCCUCCAUGAGGACUCAGAAUGACAUCAGGAAUUUAUUGGGAAGAGUGGAUUUGUUGACUUUCAACCCUGAAAGUCUCAGCUCUUCUGUCCAAUCCUUUCUUCCUGUAGCAUCAAGCAACACUGGGUGGUCUUGGAGGUCUUUUCCAACCUCAGUGGUUCCAUGAUUUUGCUUCUCUGUGGCCCAUGGGUGUGUUCCACAGCCAAAUGGUGAUGGACUGGGGCAAAGACCAGGAUUUGGGGUGGAAACCCCUCCAACAAACCCCUCUUCUUCCAUGCACUGAACCCAACCCCACACAUUUUCUCAUGAUGCUGAUAAGUGACUCCUUUUAUUUUGAUCUUGAUUUUAUUUGAUGCAUUUUCAUCCGUUACAAACAUCUGAAAUUGUCAUAAAAAUAAAGAAAUUGA